UCCUGGAAUGUGUGAAACUGAUGACAGAGGAGGAGAGAGGGGGGAGACGGAGGAGGAGGUAGGCUAUCAUGAGCCACAUUAUGUAAAUAAGGUGCAGGAGCAUGUGCCAGUUAAACCGCAGUGCCGUGCGAAGUGUAGACUAGGCAGAGGCUUUGGACGGCAGAAGCCGGUGGCCGUCGGUAGAUGGCGGUAACCCAAGAAACCUGAUCCACCGGGCUCUCGGGCACUCUGUCUCAGUUUGCAGCACUCGCGUUGAAGGCAGAGGCGCUGAACAGUUUUGAAGGACAUCAAAAGAAACAGGAGAGCUCCUCACGGCGGGUCCUCUCGAGUUGUUUUUUUUUUUUUUUUUCGUUGCGCUCAGCCCUCCCGAGCAGGAGACAGAACGCUUUUAGCCACGAAGAGAAAAACGGGAAAACUAAGAACACCAUGGAAGACAAAUCUAAUUCGUUCUCCAGCAGCAAGGAGGAGAAGGCGGAUGGGAAUAAUGUUUUUCAGAGGCAAGACUCGAUACAGAAAAAUAACACGGGGAGCCAGAACAUGAAGGACCAUGGCAACUCAGUGGGCUUCAAGGGGGAGCGGGAAGAGGCCAUGGUCGGUUUUGACGAUCUGGAGGGGGCGUCCAGGCAAUAUGGUUUUAUGCAGAGGCAAUUUGGGGCCAUGAUGCAGCCCGGAGUCAAUAAGUUCUCCUUGCGUAUGUUCGGCAGUCAGAAAGCCGUGGAGAAAGAGCAAGAGAGGGUUCAGACGGCCGGAUACUGGAUCAUUCAUCCAUAUAGCGAUUUUAGGUUCUACUGGGACUUGAUAAUGCUCAUCAUGAUGAUGGGGAAUCUAAUCAUCAUUCCUGUGGGAAUAACCUUCUUCUCAGAGCAGACUACCACCACCUGGCUGGUCUUCAAUGUGGCCUCGGACACCAUCUUCCUGGUGGACCUGGUCAUGAACUUCAGGACGGGGAUCGUCAACGAGGAGAGCUCCGAGAUCAUCCUCGACCCCAAGGUUAUCAAGAUGAAUUACCUGAAGAGCUGGUUCGUUGUGGACUUCCUCUCCUCCAUUCCAGUGGAUUAUAUCUUUUUAAUAGUGGAGAAAGGCUUUGACUCAGAGGUAUAUAAAACAGCCCGUGCCCUGCGAAUCGUCCGCUUCACCAAGAUCCUCAGUCUUCUGCGUCUGUUAAGACUGUCCCGACUCAUCAGAUACAUACAUCAGUGGGAGGAGAUUUUCCACAUGACCUAUGACCUGGCUAGUGCAGUGGUAAGAAUAUUUAAUUUAAUAGGGAUGAUGCUGCUUCUGUGUCACUGGGAUGGCUGUCUCCAGUAUCUGGUGCCUCUCCUCCAAGACUUUCCCCCUGACUGCUGGGUGUCCCUAAAUGGUAUGGUUAACGUUUCCUGGGGUAAGCAGUACUCUUAUGCCCUCUUCAAAGCCAUGAGCCACAUGCUGUGCAUCGGGUAUGGUGCCCGGGCACCCGUCAGCAUGUCUGACCUAUGGAUCACCAUGCUGAGUAUGAUCGUAGGCGCCACGUGCUACGCCAUGUUUGUGGGCCAUGCUACGGCUCUAAUCCAAUCACUGGACUCCUCACGCAGGCAAUACCAAGAGAAGUACAAACAAGUGGAGCAAUACAUGUCCUUCCACAAGCUUCCAGCAGACAUGCGACAGAAAAUUCAUGACUACUAUGAGCAUCGCUACCAAGGCAAAAUCUUUGAUGAGGACAACAUCCUGAGCGAACUCAACGACCCACUCAAAGAGGAAAUCGUCAACUUCAACUGCCGCAAGCUAGUGGCCACCAUGCCUCUGUUUGCCAACGCCGACCCCAACUUUGUGACGGGGAUGCUGAGCAAGUUGAAGUUUGAGGUCUUUCAACCCAAUGACUACAUUAUCAGAGAAGGCACGGUGGGGAAAAAGAUGUAUUUCAUUCAACAUGGCGUCGCAAGUGUCAUCACCAAGUUCAAUAAGGAGAUGAAGCUGACAGAUGGAUCAUAUUUCGGAGAGAUCUGCCUGCUCACCAAGGGCAGACGAACAGCAAGCGUGCGUGCAGACACCUACUGUCGACUCUUCUCUCUCUCUGUUGACCAUUUCAAUGAGGUGCUAGAGGAGUACCCUAUGAUGCGACGCGCAUUUGAGACCGUCGCCAUUGACCGAUUGGACCGCAUCGGGAAGAAGAACUCCUUGCUGCUGCAGAAGUUCCAGAAGGAUCUGAACGCCGGCGUUUUCAACACACAGGAGAACGAGAUAUUGAAGCAGAUUAUCCGCCAGGACAGGGAGAUGGUGAUGAUGGUGGACCGCAAACAGUCAGUCACCGGGAUGAACUCAACACCAAUGUCAGGAAACUCAAUCAUUAACUCACCAGCCCAGCCGCCCUUCUCCACUGCCUUCGGCACCAAUCAGCUCCAGCAGUCCGCUGUACCCCUGACCUACAGUGCUUCAGCUAUUGCCAAUGCCUCUGCUGCUCGCAUGCUGCCGGUCGCUGCCGCUGCUGCUGCUGCAGCGCAGGGGGUUUAUCCUGCUCCCAGUGUUUCCCAUGGCAACCUGAAUACUUCCUCAACCAACCCACAGACCCCACUUCAGCAGCAGGGAGCAAUCAUGUCGCCCUGCUCCUUCACGGCUGCCAUGUGUAGCCCGCCCGUGCAGACCCCUCUGGCCAGCAGGAGCUUCCAGUACGGCUCGCCCACAGCCUCCCAGCUGUCCCUCAUCCAGCAGCCCAUUGCCCAACCAUCUCUAUCCACGCAGCAACAGCUUGCUCAGCAGCCUGCUGUGUCAACUGCAGCUGCAACCUCUGCAACACAGCAGCAGCAGCAGCAGCAGCAGCUGUCUCCUCAGCAGCAGCAGGUCCCUUCACCUCAGAGGGGAGACAUCCACAAGAGCACACAGGCUCUUCAGUCAGGCAGCUUGAGUCGAGAUGUCCGACACUUAUCGGCCUCCCAACCGUCACUGCCACAUGACACAUCUCUGGGGCCCAGAGCGCACCCAGCCUCAGGAGACUCUCUGGCCUCCAUUGUGCCACCAACGGCGGCAGCGAUCCAGGGAAUGAAUCUGCAGAGCGGCAUCCGCACCACAGUGCCCCAGCGGGUCAAUUUAUUCCGGCAGAUGUCAUCAGGAGCUUUGCCCCCGGUUCGCUCGGCUACAGCAGCAGCGGCCGGCGGCGGCGGCAGCAGCAGCAGCAGCAUCAUCAUCAUCAUCAUCCUCAACCCAGCACAGGGAAUCCCCUGGAUCUAGGAGAGAUUCUGUCCUGAGCAGUACAGAGACUGAGCAAGACAAAAUGCGUUUUGCAUCAAAUUUAUGAUCCCAUUUUUCCCUUUU